UUAUUAUUUUAUUGUUUCCCUUCAACGUGACUUUACCGAAAGAGCUAAGAAUAUCAUCAACAUCGACAUCAACAUCGUCAACAAGACCUAUAACACCGUUAACAUCCUCAUCGACAAGAUCAUCAACAGCAUCAUCAAUAAGAUGAUCAUCUACACAACACCGUCGACAACACCAUCAUCGAUCAUCAUCAGCACCGCCAGCAGCUAACAGCAGUGAUGGUGCGAAGACACCAUCAACGUUAUACGGCCAUGUUCAAUGCACUGCUGGACGAGGGCCUCACCAAGCUGCACCUCCUCCACCCGAACCGACUCAAUCGCUCUCCAUCUCGGACGAUUUACUUCUUCACUGCCGUGGCUGGCAAGGGGCGAGAAGAAUUAAAAUUCGUAUCUCGGGUGCACUCAGAUUAUCAGUCCGCCCCCACCACGUAUUAGCGCAGCAAUCAUGAUCACAUCCUCAUCAUCGUCAAUCAUCGAUCACCAUCAGUCUGUCACCACCACAUUAUAUCAGCUAUCAAUCAUCGAUCGUCAGUAUCAAGUGUCUUUCAGCAUCAGUCAUGUAUCAUUUGUUAUUUAUGUUAUCAUUAUCAUCAAACACAUUAUUUGACGAUGCUGCGUUGACAGUGGCGGUGUGAAAUAGGGCCAUUGCCCGAAACGUCGCCGACUGUAUUGUAUACACUGUAUAUAUUUUAAGGCAGUGUUUAGUGUUUUUUGUUGUCGUUGUUGUAUGUUAUCAUCGUGAUCGUCAGUGAGUUCUGGCCUGGGUUUCGUGUGACUGGCGUGUUGUUUAUGGCGAAGUUAAAUUUCACACAUUCCCUCCACCCUGCCAUGUCCAUGGGGCCAAUGCCGCCACUGCCGCUGGUUCUUGGGGCUGCCCGUGGUCGGCCUGAAUUGGUCUGUAAUAAGGUACGGCACUGAUAAGCGGUUGACAGUUAUGGGCAUUAGACAACACUGCAGCAGUAAUUAACCAGCGUAGCCGCGGGAUUCGAAGCAGCGGCGAACAUCACGCCUACCUCUACCACCAAGGCCGUCGCGAAUACCAUCAUCCUCACUGGGUGGUUCAAUCCCGUGUUGUCCUACAACCUGUGCACGGUGCUCAACGUGAGCCACGACCCCGUGGCGCUGGAGGCUCACUUCCGCGAUGACGACUCGGGCCCUGUAUCCAGCCAGGGCUACAUGCCCUACCUCAACACCUACAUCCUAGACAAGGUGCAGAAGGGCGGCUAUGACAAGUGCCAGUUCGACGAGGUGUGCUGGAUGAUCGCUGCAAAGAAGAACUUCUUGCGCAACCGUGCCGACGCCGCCAUCAUCAGCCACAACGACGCCUUCAAGCUCUGGAGGAUCUUCAACUUCCUGUCGGAGGAUACGUAUCCACUCGUCAUGGUGCCCGAGGAGGUGGAGUUCCUGCUGCGCAAGCUCGUGGCGGCGAUGGGGGGCGACUGGCAGUCGGCCGAGACUCCAGAGCUGCGCAUGCUGCUGGGCGGCAGCAAGCGCAGCAGUUCGGCGGAGGAGCGGGGAGGCGGCGGCGGCGGCGUCUCCGUGUGGGAGCUGCUCUCCUUCCUGGACGCCCAGCCGCUCACGCCCGGCCUCGAGCCGCGGGCCGUCUCCUUCGCCAUCGACGACGUCCACGAGGAGUUCCUCCUCGACGUCAUGAAGAAGGGCAGCCUCAGCAAAAAGGGCCACCGGCGUAAGAAUUGGACAGAGCGAUGGUUCGUGCUGCGGCCGGGCACCAUGUCAUACUACAUGAGCGAGCACCAAAAGGAGAAGAAGGGAGACAUCGUGCUGGAGAGGCCCUGCUCUGUAUCGUCGAUCGUAGACAAAGACGGCAGGAAGUGCUUGUUCAUGAUCAAGGGCUUGGAGAAGAGCUUCGAGAUCAGCGCGUCCGACCCGCGGCAGAAGCAGGAGUGGAUCACGGCCCUGCAGGCGUCGAUCCGCCUGCGCGACGAGGGCAAGUGCUCGCCGCACGCCGAGCUGCGCCAGCGGCGGCGCGAGGAGCGGGGGCGGCGGCGCGAGGAGCAGGCGGAGCUGGCGCGGCGCAUGACGGAGCUGCAGGCGGCGCGCGACACCCAGAACCGGGAGCUGCAGCAGCUGGCGCAGGCCCACCGCGAGGCGGAGGCGCGAGCCGCCCUGGAGGAGCAGCUUCGUCUGCAGAGCCAAGUGGAGCUGCAGAAGCACUACGAGUUCGAGCUGCUCAAGGAGAAGCAGGUGAUCGCGGGCAUGGAGGCGGAGAUGGCGGUGCGGGCGCUCGAGGCGGAGAUGCAGCAGCGGCGGAUCCACGAGCUGGAGGAGAUGCACACGCAGCUGCGCGUCGCGCUGGAGGCGGAGCGCCGCAGCAAGCACGACGAGGAGGCGGCGCGCGAGCUGCAGGCGCGGCUGCUGCAGGAGGAGGCUGCGAAGCGGCACGAGCUGGAGCGGCUGCGCCAGCAGCAGGAGCUGGAGAUGGAGGUGACGCGGCAGGAGAAGGCCGUGCUGGUGAUGGAGCGCGCCGAGCGCGACGCCGCGCUGCGCGAGGCCGGACAGCAGCUCGAGCAGCUGGAGCUGGAGCGGCAGCAGGCGCAGCUCAAGUACCAGGAGGCUUCGGAGCGGCUUGUGUCGGCGAGCACGCGCACCCAGAGCUGGCGCGAGCGCGUCAAGGAGUGCGAGUCCCUGCUGAGACCCAUCAGGCCAGGCGAUCGGCCGGCAGCCAUCGUCACCCACCGCGGCCAGGGGGCCUUCACAAAGGAGGAGUUCAAUAUCUACCGCAAGAAGAAGGAGUCUGUGGACGCCGGCGACGACGGCGAAGAGGUGGCGGCCGCGUCGGCAGCUGCCCCCAUCGCAUACGGCCGGGAGUGAAGGGCGGAGACCGGAGCAGUCACCCCAUGAACCUCCCGGGGCCGUGACGAGGGGGUCGUAAUGGCCGUGACGACCCCCGUCUGAGUGAACUCACGUGUCUCUCGUGUCUCUCGUCACGUGUCUCUCGUGUCUCUCGUCACGUGUCUCUCGUGUCUCUCAUCACGCGU